GGCCAUCCUCUGAUCACCUCACUGAUGGACCAUGGUUGGUCUGGCUGGCGCGACCAAUUCAACGAGAAUUGCUGCUCCAUCGGAAGUGGCAGGGCGCUAAGGCAAGGUAGGAACGAGAAAAAAUAUGCUGCCGCCACUCGAAACCCCUCCCUGGGGAUGCCUGCCUCGAUGCAUCUCAAUUCUCAACAACAAAAAUUCACCGGCCGAAUCAAAGUAGGUGGGUGGACGACCAAGGCGCCGCACAGCCGAUUGGACUCAUCGCCACCUCCGGGAGUGUGGUUGGCCCCCAGCACACCCACAGCACACAUCCAAUUGAUCCAGCCUGAGCCCAAGGUAAAAAAUGGUACGCUGAAGGUUGAGGCACUUCUUUUAGCGGCUGAAACUCCGCGUUGGUACUCGAAUUUGCUCGGCAACCCCGUCUUCUCACUUGAUGGACUGAUGGAGGCGCUGCUUGCUCGUUUGUUUGCCGGUUUUCGCACCCUGCUCCUUCGAGGUGAGGAAAAGAGGGUAACUUCGAUAGGUAAUGCCCUUCAUCGACCAGUAAGAAGAGGAAGGGGGGAACAGGGGAGACGAGUACGAGUUAUCAAUAUCAGCGUUGGUGGGACCGAUAUGUCGUUAUCGUCGCCAAAUGCCAUCACCGAUACGUCGUGGGCCCUCUGAGAAUUGCAUGCCAGACGCACAAUGGUGGAGCUUUUCUGCUAACAUGAACUCUGGGGGUGGGCUAGAGGCGCAACUUUGUACGGAUAGUCUCUCAAGAGAAUCACACCAAAUGCAACAGUCGUCC